AUGUCCCAGCGGCCGAUCUAUACUGCAAUACUACGUAAGGUGACCGACAGACUCAAGCCAACGCUCAUCAACAUCAUUGACGACUCGGCCAAGCAUGCUUCACAUGCUCCUAUGAGGGGCAGUGGUCGCCUGGAGACGCAUUUUCGAGUUGAAGUCGUGUCUGAUGAGUUCAAAGGCCUCAAUCGAGUACAGCGUCAGAAAUUAAUGUACUCGAUACUGUCCGAUGAGAUGGACUCUAAUCCGGGUGGUACCGUGCAUGCAUUGAGUAUGUCGUGCAAGACUCCUGAUGAGGUUAAGACCGAUAAGAGCUGA